CUAUGACAGGCUAACAUGUCGAAAUAACGUUUCUUGUAGGAACAUGUGCGACCGGUUUUCCGUUGAAGCAGGAAGACGACAAGGAACUAGCCUGCAGUCAGGACGGGCGGAAAUGACUAAAGGUACUAACUGAGGUAUUCACCAUGUACUAAUGAAAGAAGUGGAUAAUCUACAGCCGUCACUGCCGCAGGAGUCGGGUUAACCACAGCAAGUGUUGAGGGGGGAACCAAAGGAGACGAGCAAUAAGCUACUGAAGAUAGUUUUCAUCCCAAUAAUAUAAAGAGGUGGUUCGAUUCCAGCGAUUUGACAAGAUGAAGAUUCCAAUGGAGUUACUGAUGAGCCAGCUUGGAAACCCGGGACGGUACCAAGUUUGCGUGUUUCUUCUCCUGGCUUUUAACUACAUACCUGUAACUUUCAAUCACCUGGUAAUGGCGUUCUUUGGUUCUACUCCUGUGUACUUUUGCACCAGCCCCGAUCUCCAGCCUCCUCCAGCUCCCUCAGGGCUUUUCUCGUUGGUAACCACACACGCAUACAGAGCAGGUAACCUGACCAUCGUUGGUGUGGACUUCGGAAAAUGUGCCAGUACCUACCAUCUCCAAAACGGAGGUAAUAUGUCGGUUGGCUGUGCGGCAAAGGAGGCGAGUAAGUGGACGUAUGUGAAGGAACAGCAGGAGUCUACCAUCGUGACAGAGUGGGACCUGGUGUGUGACUCCUCCUUCCUGGCUAAGGUUGCCACGACAGUGUAUUUCUCCGGUGUAAUGGUGGGAGGACUGGUGUUUGGUAUCCUCGCUGAUAAACUCGGCCGGAAACCAGUGAUGCUUUUAACCCUCUAUGUCCCCAUCCUUAUUGGUGUCGGCAUUUCAUUCUCCAACAGCUACAUUCUCUUCAUUGUUCUCAGGUUCUUACAGGGAGUAUUCAUGCAGGGUCUACAAACGUCAACCUAUGUCCUGGCUAUGGAACUCUUCCUGCCUCAGUACCGAGGAGUGGCGGGGGCUGUGCUGGAGUGUUACUGGGGUGUUAGCGUGGUGACGUUAGCUGGUGUAGCCUACCUGCUACAGUCCUGGAGAUACAUACAGCUGGCUAUAUCCCUGCCCAGCCUCUUGGCCCUUCCCUACUUCUGGUUGAUUCCUGAAUCACCCCGUUGGUUACUGACCAGACACAGGUUCAAUGACGCAGAGAAGUGGAUCAGUAAAAUGGCCCGGUUCAACAAACUGGAAUACCCAACCCAGCUGAUGGAAGAUAUAAGGCUCCAUCUGGACAAAAGUGAUGCUCUGUCUGUACGCCAGUACACAUUCAUGGACCUGGUGGCCACGCCCAGAAUCAGAGCACGAAGCCUUAUACUCUUCUACCUCUGGUUUGCUGUUGCCGUUGGUUACUAUGGCCUGUCCCUAAGUGUGACAAGUCUCCCUGGCAACAAGUAUUUCAACUUUGCCACUAGUGGAUCAGUGGAGUUGGUGGCCUUCAUCUUGGUAGUCAUCAUCAUUAAACGAUUUGGAAGGAGGAAGUGCCUGUUGUUUUUCUUCAUGAUAGGAGCUUCCGCCUGUAUUACUGCUGGAGUCAUAUCGUUUUACAGUGAGCAAGGUUCCAAGAUGUCACAGUUAUCGACAGGCUUUGCCAUAUUUGGGAAGUUUGGUAUGGGAGGUGUGUUUAGUCUCACUUUCCUGUACACUUCAGAGUUGUACCCCACUGUCAUAAGGAACAUCGGGAUGGGGAGCUGUGCGUUCUGGGCACGAUUUGGGGGAGUGGUGGCACCACUUGUACUGAUGCUGGGGGAUGUUACCCAUAAAUCCAUAUCUGUUGUCGUGUUUGGCUGCAUCGCUCUGAUUGGUGGAUUCGUCACGCUCCUCCUCCCGGAAACUCUUGGCCAAAAACUUCCGGACACUAUCGAGGACACCGAGAGUCUUCGUAGUUACACACUGGACCAAUACGAAGAGGAUGCUGGGAAACAAAAGCUGACCCUCGGGGACGAGGAAGCUAUCUGCAUGACCAACAACUAGAGAAACAGCAGGGACAGGACACACUGUAGUUCACCACCAAGUUUAGUGCAAGCUAUCAUACAUCUGUUUUAAUGAUAAGCUUCUUAUGGAAUAAUGGAUUACUUAUACACAGGAAGUUGAUCUUGAAUAUUAGCUUUUAAACAUUUUAAUUUUUAUUUGAUAAGGAACAUAUAUAUAUAUGUGUUUGAGAUUUAUUGUUUUCUUUUUAUCAACUUAUAUAUCCUACAUGUUCAGGGAUUAUCAGUUGUACAAGUUUGAAAUAAGUAUUUUUGGUUUGUUUGUUUGUUUGUGUUUUAAAUCCUUUUAAUAGCUAUGGUCAUUUAAGGACAAGCCAGAUUUUUGGUGGUUUAGAAAAAAAUUUGACCAGCGGCUAGUACCUAGUGACUGCCCCAUGUAGGCCUCCAACCGACAACUCUGUUGUGGAGGGCUAGUGAUCUUUGUAAGGUCAGAUGCCUUAACCACUCGGCUAAUGCAGCUUCCUUUUGAAAUCACUAUGAUUCAGCAAUAGAGGUAGAACCCUGUUUGGAUAAGCUAACAGAUAAUACUGCAUUUGUACUGAAGAAAUUAACUUUACUUUUAGAACAAGGUAUCUCAGUUAAUUUCCAAAUAAAUAGAAUCUUUCGUUUGAUCAAAAGGUUUGUCUUAAGCGGAAUUUAUUGCUGUCACUUUUUUUCUGUGUUUUGAACUAUUUGCAAUGGGUUUUUUUUACAAAUUUUUUUAAAAUAUAUUUAACGAGAACAGUGCAUACUUACCUCCCUUGCUGUGUUCAUUCUCCAUAGGAACAAUGCUUUUGUCAUUUUUUUUUUGUUUUUUUUACUUUCGUGCUUCAUUAUAUUUUUCCUUUGGAUUUAAUUAUCAUUUUUUUGGGAAUAAGGUAUUUACCUUAAAAAUGAUGGAAGUUUUUAAUUUUUGUAAAUGACCAUUUACAAAGUUUAGUGAGGUCUACCUUACAUUAUCUGAAGCGUUUUUCGGUAUGAUUGUCCCAUUUUUUAGUCCCUGAACAUUAUUCCUACAUAUUUUGUAUAUUGUUGUCCAUGUAUAACAUGUCUACGCUGUUCUGGGGAAGGUUGUACUACUGUUAUGUUCUCAUACACAUACUAUGACACCCAACUUUCUUGAAUUAACCGUACAACAGCCAUUCCUUGGUUAAUAGCAGCCAAAAUUUGGUGAAAUCAUGCUUGAACAUGUAUACAACCAAUUUGAGCUAAUACCAUAUUUGAGCAUGCUGCCAUUUUAUAAUUAUACCGUAUUUGGUUGAUUUGCCCUAUUCUUGUAUGAUGUUGGGUUGUCCAUUUGCCGUAACAGUGGUACUACCUUCUUUUAAAAAAACAAAAUUUUAAAAAACCAAAAUAGAAAGAAGUAGCCAGUUUGUGUGCAAUGCAGUAAUAAACCAAACUAAAAGAAGAUGUGCUUUACAGAGCUGCUAAUGAGCAUCAAUGCAAUUACUUUUCUUGAAAAAAGUUAUUUAGCUGAUCUAGCUAGCCAGGAUUGAAAUCUAGUGAUCAUGCAAAUAGCUCGGUUAAUAGAGUAUCUGCCCAAUUUGCUCCAGACUGAAUCCCUUUCAAGUUGUAUUUUCCUCAACCAGUUUUGAUUUUAUCCCCUUUUGUAUACUUCACUUGAUUAGAAAAAAUAUUUCGUUUUUGUCAUUAGCUUUUUUCCCUAGAAACAAAAUGCUUGGAAUAUUCCUAAAUAUUGAUUGUCUGUUGCCCCUCCCCACAAAAAAAAAUCUGUUGAUAUUUAAAAAAGAAAGAAGAAAAAUUGUACAAAAUCUUGCUUAUUGAUGCUUGUGACGUGCACUUUGUAAAGUUGCAUUAGUCAUAACUAUACGGUAAGAUUAAUUUGUAUUCAAAAGAUUAGGUGCAUUUGCUCUAGUCCAUCUUAUACAUGCAUUAGGAACACACAAUCAGUUAUAAUAAGUUAUCAUAUACGAAAAAUAACUGUUAUCACUUUCAAAGAAAAUAUAUGUACUCUCCGCAAUAACAUUUAACUUUCAAUUGAAUAUGCAGUCACAAAAAUGUAAAUUUCAAGAUUAAGUUAUUAUAUAGGAAAAGAAAUUAAAUCACAUUCAAAGUAAAUAUAUUUAUCCGGUAUGUAAUCUGAAUUAAUGAAAACUAUCAGUUAAAUAUGUUGUAAUGAACGUGCAAAUUUCAAGACUGAUGUUUCCAAGAAUUGUAUUUUGACCCUGCAUCCCCCUGACAACAAUAUCUGUAAAAAAUAAAUAGAAAAUUGCACAUUUCAUCUUAUUUAAGAAGACAACAUUCUUAAUUGAUGAUGGUCAAUAUAUUUUCGAGACAAGAUAAGUGGAUUAAACUAAUUUGAAAAACAUUAAAACUUAACUUCCACUAUAUUUGUGAAUUGGAUAUUGGAAUGACAUAGCCACCAUCACCUUACACACACAUACUUCUGACAAGCAUACAGUACAUACCGAUGUGGCAGAUUUUAGUUGUACAUAGGAUUACGAUUGCCUUCUAGCUUCGCGCUAUAGGGAAUUUCCCUUAAGCUCAGUGGUAGAACGUCCAUCAGGAAGACGGGGAUCGCGGGUUCGGUCCCCGGUGGAAGCAUACUACUCACCUCCCUGUUACAUCGAAAUAUGAGCAUACAGCACCUUUUCUGUUGAUUAUGAUUUGAAUCUUACUGCUAAGUGCAAUUAACAUCUCUUGCACUUAAAAAACCCAAAAAAACUCAUCACACCAUUGCUGGAUGUGAUUUUAAUUAAUGACUGUUAUUUUCAUUCAUUUUUUGAAAACAAUCUGUCAUUAAUUCAUAAAACAAAUUAAUAUGUUUGAUAUUAGUUUUAUUCCCACUGUCCAUUACUUUCUCUGGAACAUGUGUGGAAUUGUUUGUAUAACCUCUGACCUCUAUAGUAAUUGGCUCCUUGGCAGUGUGGUAUAUUGGAUUGUGGUUGUGACCAAAGGUUGAAUACAGUUCUAAAGUAAUCACGGAAUUCAACCGUAGAGAAUCUUAGCAGAAUGUUCAUAGGUAAUUAUUUAUAAGAACACAUUGUGAAAAUGUGAAUCAAAACGAAAUUUUUUGCUGUCAAUUUUAAAGAUUUAUUAUUAUUUAAAAUUUUAAUUUGAUAAAAGUUCUACUUUAUUAGUAGCACCAUGCAAUAAAUGAAUUUCUAUCAAAUCUAUGAUGUUUUAAAGAUAUUAAGGUCAUAGUUAUUUUAUCUACGUUAAUCUAAAACAAUAUUUGAAAUAUAACUAACAUAUAUAUAUGGACAUAGAUUUUAAACAUAUAUAGGCCAUAUUUGAACCGCAGGAACACUUCUGGUGCCUUGACAAUGCAUCUGAACUACGGGUAUCAGAACACUUAUGACGCAUUGACCACACAUUUGAACUAUCAGAAACUUUAUGACGCAUUUACCAUACUUUUGAACUAUAAGAACACUUAUGACAUAUCAACCAUACAAUUGAAUGGUUAGAAAACUUAUGACGCCUUGAUCACAUAUUUGAACUGUAUGAACACUUGUGACACACUGACGACUCAUUUGAACUGUAAGAACACUUAUGACACAUUGACCGCAAAUUUGAACUGUAUGAACACUUAGGACACACUGACGAC